CCCCAGUCCCGGAUUACCUCUCUCGCCGGACUGGGGUCAGCCCGAUGAGCAGGGGUUUUGCCCCGCCGGCAGCCCUGGGACGCCGGUAGGAAGCCAGGGAGAUAUUCCUGUUGCCGGCGAGGCUGAGGAGGGAGAAAUCGUCGCCUCCCCGAGCGGUAACGGCAAACCUGUGGGUUUGGAAGGGUGUUUGGAGCAAAAAUCAGCAGAGCAGUGUUCGUACAUCCCUCCCUGCGCAAGAGAUGAUCAGGAGAACUCUGAGAACGUCACGUACAAGCAGAAAUACUGGAAAGAGAAAGUGGGUUCACAACCAUUUACAUGCUAUUUUAACCAGCACUUGAGGCCAGAUGACGUGAUGCUGAAGCGCACCCACGACGAGACUGUCCUCUUGCACUGCUUCCUCUGGCCUGUGGUUACAUUUCUGGUCGGAGUCCUCAUCGUGGUCCUGACCAUCUGUGCCAAGAGCUUGGCUGUCAGGGCAGAGGCAAUAAAAAAGAAGAAGCAUUUGUGA